UUUUUCAUGUAAAUUUCAUUCCGAUCCCCGGUCAUUCCAGCGUCGACUCGCCAUUAACGGGCCUUCGACUUCUCUGUUGACUCGGAUCUGCCGGAGAUGGGAUCUCGCCACGAGAAGGACAAGGCGGUGAACGUUCAGGUUCUUCUCCGCUGCAGGCCCUUUAACGAAGACGAGCUGCGAAACAAUGCGCCGCAGGUGGUGACCUGCAACGAGUACCAGAGGGAGGUCGCGGUGUCGCAGGCGAUCGCUGGAAAGCAGAUUGACCGGGUUUUUACUUUUGAUAAGGUGUUUGGUCCUUCAGCAAAACAAGCGGAUCUUUAUGAUCAAGCUGUUGUUCCAAUUGUAAAUGAGGUUUUAGAGGGUUUCAAUUGCACCAUUUUUGCUUAUGGGCAAACUGGAACUGGGAAAACUUACACAAUGGAAGGCGAAUGUAGAAAGGCUAAAAGCGGCCCAAAAGGUCAAUUGCCUGCAGAUGCAGGUGUCAUUCCUCGAGCUGUGAAACAAAUUUUUGACACGUUAGAGAGACAAAAUGAUGAAUACAGUGUAAAGGUCACCUUCCUGGAAUUGUAUAAUGAAGAAAUAACUGAUUUGCUUGCUCCGGAAGAGUUAUCUAAGAUUGUUUUAGAGGAAAGGCAAAAAAAGCCACUUCCCCUCAUGGAAGAUGGUAAAGGUGGCGUGCUUGUAAGAGGUCUUGAGGAGGAGAUAGUAACAAGCGCUGUUGAGAUAUUUUCUCUCCUAGAAAGAGGUUCAGCUAAAAGGCGCACUGCAGAGACUCUCUUGAAUAAACAAUCAAGCCGAUCACAUUCUCUGUUUUCUAUUACCAUUCACAUUAAAGAGGCUACUCCAGAAGGGGAAGAGCUAAUCAAAUGUGGCAAACUGAAUCUAGUUGAUUUAGCUGGAUCUGAAAACAUAUCUCGCUCAGGUGCAAGGGAGGGCCGCGCAAGAGAAGCAGGUGAGAUCAACAAAAGCUUGCUUACUCUAGGUCGUGUUAUUACUGCUCUGGUAGAGCAUCUUGGACAUAUACCCUACAGAGACAGCAAACUUACACGUUUACUUCGUGAUUCAUUGGGUGGGAGAACAAAAACAUGCAUAAUAGCUACUGUGUCCCCUUCUGUGCAUUGCCUUGAGGAAACUCUUAGUACACUGGAUUAUGCUCACAGGGCUAAGAAUAUUAAAAAUAGACCUGAGGUAAACCAAAAGAUGAUGAAAUCAACAUUGAUCAAGGAUCUUUAUGGGGAAAUUGAUCGCCUUAAAGCUGAGGUGUAUGCUGCUCGUGAUAAAGUUGGUGUAUAUAUUCCUAAGGAGAGGUACUACCAGGAGGAGAAUGAAAGGAAGGCAAUGGCAGAACAAAUUGAGCAAAUGACAUCAAUGAUAGAGACUAAUCAAAAGCAACUUGAAGAUCUCCAAGGGAAGUACAAUGGUGAACUUCAACAUUCUGCAGAGUUGACUCAGACACUUGACAAUAUGGAGAAAAGAUUAGAUCAGACAAGCAAGUUACUAGCUAGUGUCACAGAUGAUCUGAAGUGUGCCCAAUAUACUCUUCAGGAAAAAGAGUUCAUCAUCUCUGAACAGAGAAAAGCAGAAAAUGCAUUAGUCCAUCAAGCUUCUGUCCUGUCUUCUGAUUUGGAAAAAUCUCUUCGUGAUAAUGCAUCGUUAUUCUCUAAGAUAGCUAGAGAAGACAAACUCGGUGCGACCAACAGGUCUGUUGUCAACAAUUUUCAAGUUGAAUUGGCAGCAAAGGUUGGACUUCUUUGCAAUACUGUUAUUUCAUCCAUAGAUGAACAGAAUAAAUAUCUUCUCUCUAUUGAGAAGAUGUGCCAAUCUUGCCUUGAUUUAAGUGAAAAGGGUGCGAUCGAAUUGAAGAAGAAAGUAUUAGCUUCGAAAUCAUUGUUUGUAUCACAUAUGGAAGCUGUUCAAAAUGUUGUGAGACUUCAUAAAGCUGGUAAUACUGCCAACCUGGAGGAAAUGUCUGAUCUGGUUGCCUCCAAUUGUUGCUCUCUUGAUCAAUUGCUAUCUCUUGGGGAGAUUGAAGCUGAUCAGAGCUUUAGUAAUUUGCAAAAGUUAUUAUCCCAACACGGAGGAGAAAUUGCAAAUUUUACCCAUGAACUUCGUGAGAGAUUCAAUGCAUGCAUAAACCUUGUGAAAGAAAUCUCUGUGUUCACAUACAGCUUACUCGAUACAUUUGGUCAGAAAGCAGAAAGGCUUAGAAGCCAGUCAAAUCUGCUGCAUGAAAGACAUGUGAUGUGCAUACAUGAUUUGCAGACGGCUUAUGAGGAGCAAUCCAAAUAUGAAGAAGAGAAGCUUCUUUCAGAGAUAGCUGGUUUAGUAUCCAGUCACAUGUGUCGGCAAAAAAAACUGGUGGAUGAGAGGCUUGCUAGUAUGGAAGAAGUAGCGUUGGUUGGCAAAGAAAAUGUACAAGAGAUUACAACGACAUUGGAUGUCUUGACCACUGAUGCAAAGAGGAAAUGGGAAAACUUUUGCAAGGGCACCGAACAUGAUUUGAAGGAUGCCUCCAAUUUUUCUGCAGCGAAGCACUGUUGUAUAGAACUCAAGCUACAGCAAUGCAUCGACAAUGCCCAUGUUGCUACUCAACAAUGGAAGAAGACUCUUACUUCAGCCAAUGAGCUAAGCAAUAAACAUGCUGCUGAGUUGGAUGUUCACAUAAGGUCUGCUAUUGAUAGCAAUGAGCAACAUGACAUCGAAAUUGCUUCUGCUCGAGAUGCUGCUGUUGAUGCUGCUUCAAAGAGCAGUUCAGACAUAAUUCAGAAUCUUGAGAGUAUGUUAGAACAUGAGCAAGAGCGUGUGAAACAAGUGAUAACUGCAGUAGAACUGCAUGACACUCACAUACGAGAGUUGCAGGUGUCACAUGCAACUCAUGCUGCUGACAUCAACAGGCAUGCCGAGGAAACGUUCCAAAACAAUUACCAGGAUUACGAACCAACUGGUGAAACCCCCAUGAGGUCUGAAUUAGAGAUUCCAAGCAGGGGGAUGAUCGAAUCUCUUCGAACGAUGCCAAUGGAAGUUCUGCUCGAGGAAUUCCGAGAGAACCACCCUGUUUGCACUUCCAAGCAGCAGCCUAUCAAACAAUCUCUUAUUCCACGAUCUCCGUUCACUCAGCGUAAUUGACACCCCAAUCUUUAAUCUCUCCGCAUCUAGUAAUGUGGCCACAUGGUUGCUUGUUUCAACGCAUUGUAAUCUUAUUCGUCUCAUGCUCACGUCCUGAGGGGAUCAAUCUUAGAUCCCCCUUUGAUUUUUAGUUUGUAACAUCAUCUUUGUGUUGAAAGAAACGUGAAUCAGAGUACUUCAAAUCAUUUGGUGUCUAAUAAAUUAGAGGAUUUUAGUUUUCA